UUGACUUCACUUAUUCCUCGUAGACCAGGUCCUAACCGUUUGGUGUAUGAGGUAGACUGUCAACGCAUAAUUGAGGGUGACAAACAAUAUAUAUCAAUUGCUAAUGAUGCAAUGGCAAAAAUAAAGUAUACAUAUCCAGCAGACAAACAAAUCGGAGACCUAGCUCAAAACUGUACCAAAUUUAAAGAAAUAUUUAACUAUGAGCUAUACCCCGUGUCCCGAGAAGAAUUUGAUUUUCCCAUUGCUUAUACAAUACUGACUUAUAAAGAUUCCGUACAAACAGAAAAACUGCUCAGAGCCAUUUAUCGACCUCAAAAUAUCUAUUGUAUACACGAGGACAAAAGUUCAAUUGUUGAUUCCUCCUUACUAUACGCCAUGACAUCCAUAGCAAAUUGUCUUCCCAAUGUUUUCAUUGCUUCACAACUGGAGGAUGUCAUCUAUGCAGGGUUUUCUCGAUUGAAAGCUGACCUCAACUGUAUGUCAGACUUACUAUAUAACACAGACAUUAAGUGGCGGUAUGUCAUAAACUUACCAUCACAGGAAUACCCUUUGAAAACUAAUGCAGAAAUCGUAAAAAUCUUAAAAAUUUAUAAUGGAACAAGCAGCAUCGAUAGUGCUCACGAUGAUAAAAUGUAUUAUAGGUGCAAUGAAUCUUACAUUGUUAGAGACCAAAAGGUAGAAGCAUCGGGAAAGAAAAAGGAUCCGCCACUUUAUAAUAUUACUGUGGGGAAAGGAAGUGCAUAUGGUGUUUUUAGUUGGAGUUUUGUGAAUUAUUCAAUAAAAGAUGUCAAAGCUCAGGGUAUUUUAAAAUGGUUAGAAGAUACAUACAGUCCUGAUGAAUUCUUCUGGGCGACAUUGGCCAGCAAUAAACAUCUAAAUGUUCCUGGUGUUUUAGGCUAUCCAACUAGAAAAUUAUGGGUAGCAUCUAGUACAAAGUGGCAUCAGGACUCAGAAGAUUGUCAAGGAAAGUUUGUCCAUGACGUUUGCGUGUUUGGCGACUUAAGCAAACUAGUGUCAGUGAAAGAAAUUUUAUCAUGACUAUCAACCUCUAGCACUGCAAUGCAUGGAGGAGGUAUCUCAAUAAAUCCUUUAAACCAGUACAAUUUGAAACAUAUUAUUAUAGGAAAUU